AUGAACGGCAGCAAAUUAUUUUCUCGUUUCUGGCGGGAUGGGCCCAGCACCAACUCCAACUCUGGCGAUGUCGAAUACGAAAUGCUCCUCCCUGCUGACAAUCAACCGCCACGGCACAUUAAUCGGGCCAGGUCUAGAGAAAUACGGCCUUUGUGGAUUUGCCUAACCCUUUGCUUCUUCUUCGCCUCGGGAUUCUUUGUUCACGGCUGGUGGUCUGGGGGUGUCAACCAGUCAAACCACCGUUCUAAGGAUCCGCCACUUUACGGUCAAUAUCGACAACGAGAAAGAAUGCUUUCACAACACAAUUCGUCCCAUCUCGACCCAGAAACCAAGUUUCUAUGGUUUGCCAAUCACGGAGAAGAUUUUGGUUGGGGAAACUACCUCCAAGAGCUGCUAUUUAAUGCAUAUCUGGCUUACGCCUCUCGGAGAUCAUUUGUCUUCGAUGAUUAUACCUGGCGUCGAACUGGGCCUGAUGUCGUUGAAUGGUAUGGUCACCGGAUUCCGGCAAGGAUACCAUUAAGCGCCAUUAUAACUGGACCGCUCGUCGGAGGAGAGUCUCCAAAUCUCAACGUUCCACCUGCGGUCUCGAGAGAAUACUACCUCAGUGUAUGCCCCGAAGACCAGCGCGUUAUUUUGAACACGCAAUCCAUUAACGCAGCUCUAGGGGAAACACCGAGCGCCAGCCAGAUAGUCCAGCGAUGGGUGACGGAGCUGGAUAAGAUAAACGCAACUUGUGUCGAACUCGACGAGCAAAGCCCUGCACUGUUCAGCUACAACGUUACAAACACUGCUCGAAUCCUUGACAUUCUUCCUCGUCUCUCAAAAUCACCUAUUCUUUCUGAUUUUGGCUGGUCACCACUUAUCUUGAGCGAAUUUUAUACCAACUUGCCGCACUUCGACUCAUAUACCGAAAUGGACACAAUAUCUACGACCGAGACCUCCACCAAACCACUAAAGGGGCUUCUCGUCAUACACAUUCGCCGAGGGGAUUAUGGUUGGUGGUGCAAGGAAGCAUGGAAGAACCGACAAGCGUUUACCGGUGUUAACAGCUUACCGGAGCUAUUGGACAAAUACCCACAUCCGCCAAAUGGCAGGGGACCUAAAGAGGUUUUCAGAAAACAUUGCUAUCCGACCAUCGAAGAGAUUGUCUCCAAAGUUUUACAGGUCGCGAAGGCCAAAAAGGACGUCAAAUGGGUCUACAUCAUGAGCAACGCAAAACGUGCUUGGUUAAGAAAACUUGUUGCUGCGCUUGAGGUCGCAUAUGAAUGGCAUAUGGUCAGCACAAGUCGCGAUUUAGAGCUUUCCUGGGAGGGAAAAUACGUUUCUCAAGCUCUGGAUAUGUAUGUGGGUCAGAGGGCUGAGCUGUUCAUUGGCAAUGGAUUUUCGAGUCUGACAUCCAACACUGUCCUUCUUCGGAGGCAAAAUCCUGAGCUCGACCCAUCCGACAUUCAUUUCUGGUAG